CUCUGACAAUUCUCCAUCGCCUGAUCCCCACGGUUGUUUUCUUAAUUGUCAUGGCUGCGAGGGGUCUGGGUGUCUCGCACGGGGAAAAAGCCAAAUUUAGUUAAUUAAAUGUCUAGUGAUAUUUCUACAAACGUUUAUUUUUAUCAUACGGCCAACCUUUUAUACAAAUUCACAACGAAACAUCGUCGAAAAGUGUGAAUGAACGGUGUGAACUGCAGUGUGUGACCGAAGUUCCAGGUAGAAUCUCGUCACUUGUUCAUCGGUCGCGGGACAAAGAGUGCGCCAGAAAGAAAACAUGGAAACGGAAAAUCUAAUCAACAAUAAUGUGACCAAGCACGACAAGCGUCCCAUGUCGGACGACGAUCGCAGAGCAACCAAGAAAUCGCUCGUAAUUUUACUUGCCAUUUUCUUUUGCAGCUCAAUUGCAAUGUUUUACGUGUAUCUAAUGUUCCCCGAGUUGGAUGAGUCGGAAAAGCAGCACCUCAAGAUCCCGCUGGACAUUGACGACGCCAAAAUGCUAGCCAAACUCCUUGAUCAGUACAAGGAUAUGUACUACUUCGAAGUGAUGUUUGGAGUCGUGCUGCUGUAUAUUUUCUUACAAACCUUCGCCAUUCCAGGAUCAUUAUUUCUCUCCAUCCUCAGUGGGUUCCUGUACGCUUUUCCUAUCGCUCUCACGCUCGUCUGCUUCUGCUCCGCACUAGGCGCCACCCUCUGCUAUCUUCUCUCACAACUGGUCGGACGACGGCUGGUCCGCCACUUCUUCCCGCAGCGAGCUGAAACGUGGUCACGCCAGGUGGAUAAACAUCGCGACAGCCUCUUCAGCUACAUGAUGUUCCUGCGGAUAACGCCUUUCUUGCCAAAUUGGUUUAUCAACCUGGUCGCGCCCGUGAUAGGUGUGCCGAUGUUCCCGUUCGUGUUCGGCACGUUCUUUGGAGUAGCGCCGCCCUCGAUCAUAGCCAUUCAAGCUGGGAAAACUCUGCACUCGAUGACCAGUUCCAAGGACGCGUUUUCAUUCAAUUCCAUGAUCAUUUUGAGUAUUUGCGCGCUUCUGUCGCUGGUGCCAGCCGUGUUCAAGAAUAAGUUCAAGAGCAAACUUGAAUGAGACAUAUCCGCUGGAGGGGCCAUCCUGUGCAGAAAGUAUUAUUUAAGUAUACAAUUUGGAUUGUAACACUGUCGUGCUGUCACCGUUAUCAUUGACUAGAAUUUAAGUGUCUGUAGGGCUGUUUUCGGAUUGAUGUUUUCGUGUCCUGAAAUUGAGAGUAUUUUUUGUUGUGCGAAAAUGAUUGUUUAAUCUGUGAAUAAACAAGAUUUUUGGUGUUUAUUAUUAAA